AUGCUGAUCGCGCUCGCGCUCGUCGCCUCCGCAUCGGCGCUGCAGCGUCCGCGCAGCGCUCGACGACUCGACAUGAGUGCGAUGGCAGCGUUCCAAAAAUCCGCCGCCACGAUCGCCGACUACGACGCCAUCGCGGCGGCCUUCGACGCCGGCAACAAAGACCACGACGUCUCGCAAAACAUCGACGCUCUAUUGGUCCCGCUGGAGCGCGCCCAGCCCGGCGCGAAGCUCACGGUCGUGGACCUCGGCUGCGCGGGCGGCCGCGACCUCGUCACGUUCCUCGCGCGCGGCUGCGACGCCUGGGGCGUCGAGGGCUCCGCCGCGUUCUGCGAGCUCGCGCGCCGCGCGGCGCCGGGCAGGACAAGGGUGAUUCAACGUCGCUUCAAC